AUGGUGUCAUCAUAUGAACUUGACCUGGACUACGGGAUUUCCCAGGUACAGCACGAACAUGCCCAGCACGACCACUUGGAGAAGAACCACGCCCUGCUGCACCCUUCUGCACUCUCAGAAGUUCAUACACCUAGAAUCAAAAGUAAACCUCAUAUUAAUAAGAAUGUGUAUAAAGCAAUAGAUGUGACAGUUAUUUUGAUGUGUUGGAAGCAGACCCUGAUGCUAAUUUCACCAGGACAGUAUUGGGCAAUCGAACCUGAGUACCUCCAGAUGUUGAGGAUGACGAAGAGGAUGUCGAGGUUCCAGAUAAUUCUGGUCAUCUUUGGGGUAACAGAAGAAAGUCCUCAAGAGACAGUGAGCGGACGAGGCAUCCCUUCUUGUGAAGCUAAUACAUAAGAGGGGAAUCUGGAAUUUUUAAGUGAAGCAGUCCCUCCACCCAGAACACCCAAUGUAGGGUUGGCCUGAUUUGGUGAUAAAUCAUCACUCGCAAGCUCAGAAGUAAUUACCUGGCAGACAUCAAGACAACAUUAGCAAAGAACAGAAGCACAAGGAAUAAUAGGAUCUCAGAAUCACUACAUAUAGGAACAUGGACUGUUAAAGGCUUGCAAAUAAAGAAAUACAAAACCAAUUACAGUAAACUUGCUCAAUGCGGAACGUGUAUAAUGUGGAAAUCUGUCCAAUAUGAACAUAAAUCACAGUCCUGGCAAAUAUAAAUUCUAGAGUAUUACAUUGUAUAAUGCGGAAUCUUGUCUAAUACCGAAAACAAUACUGGUUGUUUGAGCUUCCGCAUUGGG